AUGUCUGAAGAGGAAAACAGAAUCACAACAUCCUCUGAUGAUGUGAUGAAACAUGAAGAUCCGGAUAAUUCCACCGCUGGAGGAGCAUAUGAAGUUCAAGAUAUAGAUCAGAAUGAAAUCGAUGAAGAAGAAGAAGAGACGGAAGAAAAUAAGAGAAGCGCUCAGGAAGAAUAUUCUAUAGGUUCUAAGCGUCCGUUGGAAGAUAAUGAUGAAGGUGAAAGUAAGGUGUCUACCGAAAAUGAUCAAGCAUUAAUUAAUAAUAACGGUGAAGGUGCGGAACAGCAAGAUAAUGGUGAUGAGGCAAAUGACGACGAAAAUGAGGAUGAGGACGAUGAGGACGACGAGGAUGAAGAUGAAGACGAAGAUGAAGAAGAAGUAAGUUCUAAGAAGAGAAAGAGAAGAAGAGGGGCUAAUCAGUUUAUUGAUAUUGAAGCCGAAGUGGAUGACGAAGAAGAAGAUGAGAUGGACGAAGACGAUGAAGAAGCAGAAUUGUUGAGAGAGCAAUUUAUUGCAGAUGAUAGCCGUGUUGAGACCAUGGAUGGUAAGGACAGUGCUGGAGAACACCAGGACGAUAGGCUUCACAGACAAUUUGACCGUCGUCGUCAAGAAGCAGAGGAUCAAGACGCAGAAGUUUUAGCGGAGACCUUGAAACAACGUUAUCGUAAGACCCAUACUGUGUACAGGGGUGACACCACUGCCAGUGGUACCGUAUCGCAGAAGUUAUUGAUGCCUUCUAUUAACGAUCCAGCCAUUUACGCUAUUAGAUGUACCCCGGGUCGUGAAAAGGACUUGGUUCGUAAAUUGUACGAAAAGAAGAGGACUUUGGCAAGACUGAACCCAUUGGAGAUCUUGACUGUAUUCCAAAGAGAUUCGUUCAAGGGUUAUAUAUAUAUCGAAGCUAAGAAACCAGAGGCCAUCGAGAGAGCCUUAACGGGUAUGGUGAACAUAUAUGCUAAACAAAGGUUAUUGGUUCCUGUCCGUGAAUAUCCAGAUUUGCUUAAGCAAGUGAAGUCUUCUGAUGUUGAAAUUGUUCCGGGUAUUUAUGUGAGAAUUACCCGUGGUAAAUAUAAAAAUGACCUUGCUAUCGUAGAUAAUUUAUCAGAAAAUGGUUUGGACGUUCGUUGUAAGUUGGUACCUCGUUUAGACUAUGGUAAGAAUGACGACUUCGAUAAAGACGGCAAAAGAAUCAGACUGAAAACUAAGCCUAUCCCCCGUCUUUUUAGCGAACAAGAAGCCAGAAUGUAUGAUGGUGAGUAUUUGCAAAGUGGCAGGGGUCCCCGUGCAUUCAUUUACCGUGGGGAAGAAUACAACGAAGGUUUUCUCUUCAAGGACUUUAAAUUACAAUUCAUUCAAACUAAAGACGUUCAUCCGAAAUUGGAAGAGUUGGAUCGUUUCCAAACAGGUGAUCCAGAGGAAGAUGGUUUAGACCUCGCUGCCAUUGCUGCAUCCUUGAAAAAUAAAAAUAAUUCGGAAGGCGCAGGACGUUCUAGUGCUUUCCAACCUGGUGAUAAGGUUGAAAUUCGCCGUGGCGAACAAGCGAAAACAAUUGGUAAAGUUUUAAGUACUUCGUUAAAUGAAAUUACGAUUUUAGUCACAGAUAGUGGUGAUCCUAAGUUUGUGAACCAAAGAUUGACUGUUCCUGCCAAUGAUUUAAGAAAACUUUUCAGUGCGGGUGAUCAUGUCAGAGUUAUCGAAGGUAAACAUUCUGAUGAGACAGGCUUGGUUAUUAAAAUUGACAAUGAUUCGGUGAUUCUUUUAAGUGACCAAACGAAGCAGGAUGUCAGAGUUUUCGCUAACUACUUAAUUAAAGCAACUGAUGCUUCGCUGAAUACCGACGUUACAGGUGGAAAAUACGAGUUAAAGGAUUUGGUACAGCUUAAUGUCUCAACCGUUGGGGUCAUUGUUAAGGCUGAAAAGAGUUCAUUUGAAGUUCUUACAUCUGAGGGAAGAUUGAUGUCUGUAAAUCCAGCCGGUAUUGCAUCAAAGUUGGAAUUAAGUCGUCGUGAACAGAUUGCAACGGAUAGAAAUGGUUCUACUGUUAAAAUUGGGGAUACGGUCAAAGAAGUUUUAGGUGAUAAGAAGAGAGAAGGAGCAAUUUUACAUAUUUACAAAAAUUCAUUAUUCAUAAAGCUGAAUGAAAUUUUGGAAAAUUUGGGUAUAUUCGUAACUAACUGUAUGAACGUUAGUACAAUUACAACGAAAGACUCGAUUGUAUCUAAGAGUUUAGGCCCAGACUUAAACCGUAUGAAUCCAAACUUAAAAUUACCCAACCCAAUUGCUAAUGCGGGUUUAAAGACUCGUGUCGGUGGUCGUGAUAAAUUAAUAUAUAAGGAUGUUCUUGUCAACAGCGGAAACUAUAAAGGUUUAAUGGGUAAAGUUACUGAAGCUGAUGAAGUUUACGCUAGAAUAGAAUUACAUACCAAAUCCAAGAAGAUUAAGGUAAACAAAAACCUGUUGAGUGUUAUGGUCCGUGGUGAGGCAGUCCCAUACUUAAGAUUUAUUGGUGCUUCAUCUGGUCCUGGUAAUUCGAAUCCUUCAGGUAGUUUUGGUGGUGCUUCGUUCAAUCAACCUGCUAAAGCUCCUGCAUUUUCAUCCGGUGGUAAGUCUUCCUGGGGUAGUGGUGGUGUAACUCCUUCAGUUGGUGGUGGUGCAACUGCUUGGGGUAGUGGUGGUGCACAAUCGUCUUGGGGAGGAGGUAAAACACCAGCAUAUAACUCAGGAAAUGCUUCCACAUGGGGCGGUAACGCCGGAGGUGCUUCAGCAUGGGGUAAUAAUAACGGUAAUGCUUCUAGUUGGGGUAGCAAUUCAAAGAAUGGAGGUUCUUCCACCUGGGGAGGAAAUUCUACCUGGGGUAAUUCUAAUAAAGGCGGAAAAAGUUCUUGGGGCAAUGGCUCUGCCUGGGGUGGAAAAUAA